UUGAGUCCACUCAAAGAUUCCCAGUCAUGUAGCUUUAGUUUGUACUCGGUSUUCAAACACAUUCAAUGGCGAAGCGAACUACGGCAUCGUGUCGUAAUUAUAUAAUAUAUAUUUUUUAUGGAUCACAUUACAACGUGUUUUGAGCGGUCGUGGUUUUUGGCGCGCGUUCUUUUGACAUACCAUUUUGGCAGAGCGCGCACCACUCUGAAUGUGACACCUUGGAYAGUUGACGGAUUGGGGAAAAUGCCUCAUCGAAGUUUGUCAUCGUUAAGAACUCAAACUUUGCAAUUAAUAUAUUUAAGCUUUUGCAAAAUUAACUUGGAAUGAAUGAAGAAUGCAUAUCGUUUGGGAAAUAUUUUUGAUUUUUCAAGUAUAUUUCAUCUGUACAUCAGCACAGCUAAUUUCACCAAAGAUUCAUGACGGUUGGUGGGCGUACAAAGAUGCUGUCCAAGGGAGCUUUGUUCCAGUACCAUCGUUCUGGGGGCUAGUGAAUUCCGCCUGGAACCUGUGUUCCAUGGGAAAGAGGCAGUCGCCGGUCAACGUCGAGACCAGUCACAUGAUCUUUGACCCCUUCCUCACCCCUCUACGUCUCAACACAGGCGGACGCAGCAAGAUCUGA